UCUAAAUCCACGUAUUUUUAGAUAAGAUAAGACCAAGAUUGAGACAUCUUACAAUCGAAUCAUUAUCAAUAAAAAAUGUAUCGUUUCCUACUGUUACACUAAAUUACAACAUAUCCAUAACUAUGUAAGCAUAAAAAUAUUAAGAUGUUGAAGUUUUUGCUCCUUUUGUUCAUUUUUUAUCAGCCUAUAUGUUCCGUGGAAAUUCAAGUUUUAGAACAUUUGAAAGCCUUACAAGAACAAAUCGAGCAGCCUAUCAGCACUUGUCUCAAAAAAUUAACCGCGCAAUUCGAAAUCAUCGUUUCAAACUUCACAAAUUAUCAAUAUGAGACUUCGGAAAUGAUCGAAUCACAUACUCAAUCAAUUUCUAGUCAUUUAGAUUCAAUUGGUAACAUUUUUAUUGACUUUGGUAUUGAUAUAGAUCCCUGUGAAGAGAUCAUUCAAGAGCAAAUCGAAGAAAUCUUAAAAUCAAGUAACGAAGAACUGACAAAAGUAUUGCUAUAUGGAUUCCUUGCAGGCCGGCGUGUGGUCUCAGACGCGAAAAACAUUUUGACAAUUGUACAAAAUAAAACAAUCGAGAUUAAACUGACUGUUGAAAACUGUAUGUCGGAGUUUGAUUCGGAAGAUUGUUUGAUUGAAGCCCUGACACGGAUUAUCGUCAUGCAGUAUACUCUACCGGAAAUGGUCGAAAGUGUAAGACAAUUACAUGAGGAACAAAUGGGUCUGAUAGAAGAUGAUGUGAUUUCCAAUUUGGAAAAAAUUAUUUAUAGAGUGACAAACAGUUAUAGAGAUGUUAUGAACGAUUUUGUUGUUUGUAUGCAAAAGUAUUUGUAAAUAUAUAAAAGGUUGUUCCUCCAGAAUGGGAAAUACCGCAAAAACGAGAAUUUUGAUUUAAUUAGUUUCGCUGAAAAUAUCUUCGGAGAAAGGAUUGUUAUGCAGGAAUGAGAAGUGACGUCAUUUUAAAUUUAUGCCAAGCAGGAGUUUGUUGAAAAGUUGUCAACUAGGGGGCGUGAGUGUUGGUUGUGAAUAAAAGUAUCACAGGCAAUGUUUAAAUUCUUCUUAUCAAGAAAAUUUUGAUUUUACACAAAUUUGUUAGGUACACUUUUGGUUGUUGGUGAAAUAAUUAUAAAUGUUUAUAAAACAAACUUAUGGUCAAAAAUUAAUUAGAAAAUUAAUAAACAUUUAUUAAUACCAUCUUUUUAACAACAGUAAAUGCACAAAAACACGAUUAGCCCGUCACACCAAAC